AUGCCUCCCGUGAUACACGAUAGUGAAGAUGAUGAAAGAUAUUCUGAAGCAGAUUCAUCCGCAAUAGCUUUAGAUCAAGAUGAGGAAGCUGGUGAGCAAUAUAAUAAUCUUAACUAUGCCAAAGACCAGGACUCAGACUUAUCAUCAGUGUUGAGUGACGAUAACGACGGCGACGAUAAGCAAGAUGGUGAUGAAGAAGAAAAUGAAGAAGAGGAAGAAGAAGAGGAAGAGGAUGCUGAAGAACAAGAACAAGAAUCGAGUGAUUUAGAUGAAGCUGUUGAGGAUGACACUAAGGUUCCAGCAGACGAUGAAGGCGGAGAAGAAGAGGAAGAAGAAGACGAGGGCGAUUUGGAAGACCUAGAUGAAGAAGAAGAGGAAGAAGAAGAGGAGGAAGAAGAAGAUAUCCCAAGUAUUAGUGAUGAAGAAGAUAAUUACAAAUUGGAAGAUCUCGAUGAGAUUGACGAUGACUUAGAAUUGAGGGAGGAAGAAGAAGAGGAAAUUCCUAAGCUGGUGUCUCCUGCAAAGGUUGGUGCCAGAACAUCGAACAGAUUGAAACACGAUACAGUUCCAGCAACAACAAGAGAAACCAGAAAACGCCAAUUGACGCUUUACGAUGAAGAAGACGAAGACGAAUACGAGGAUGAAUACGAAGAUACGCCUAAAAGACUGAAAUCUGCCAGGAAAAGUCGCCGUGGACCUGAGCCUGAAGCACAACCUCAAGACCUCGACGAGGAUUUGAUACUAACAGACGAAGAAGUGGAGUACAACCCGCGUGCCAACCCAGACUUAUCCAAGAUGACAGAAAGACAAAGGUCCCGGUACAUGGAAGAAGAGAUCGACACCAAAAAGGAAUUCCUUGAGUUGGACGACAAUAUGAAUAAUACAAAGAAGGCUAGGCCAAAGAAGACCGAAACAGAACAACAGAUCGCCCUUAAAAAAGCCGAAAGCGCCAGAAGAAGGCAGGACUACAAGAUGAAGGUUCUAGAGGAAGAAAAGAGAGAUACUUUGAACAAGUUAUUGAAGAGAAGAGCCACCAAAACUAGGGAAGUUGAUGAUAAAGAAGGUAGUGCGGAUAUAUUCAAACUGGCAUUAAAGCCAAGACGACCCAUCUUGGACCAUCCGGCCUUAUUCAAAUGGGUCUCUAACACUACCACCCUUGAUGGGAACUCAGUUUUACGUUUCCCAGCUUCUAAUUAG